UUAUCACCAUUUUUAUGCAAGUAAAUAAUUUGUUAGCAUUUUCAAGAUUUUUCCGCUGCAUAAAAGCAAUGGGAACUUUUGCACAGGUAACUAACCCAAUAACGGGACAAAACACGUGGCAAGUGCACGGUGACGAAUACGAUUAUCACCAAGAAGUGGCAAAUGCCGGCUUUGGUGACAUGUUACACGAUUCUGAGCGCAACGAAAAGUACUUUUCGGCGCUAAAAAAGACAAUUGCCAAAAUGCAUAAGGCGGGACGCGAGGUACACGUUUUAGAUAUUGGUACAGGUACCGGCAUUUUGUCUAUGAUGGCUCUGCAAGCCGGCGCUAAUACCGUGACAGCCUGCGAAGCCUUUUUACCGAUGGCAAACUGUGCAGAGCGCAUAUUUGCAGUGAACGGUGUGGCAGACAGGGUGCAUUUGAUUAAGAAGCGCUCCACAGACAUAGCAAUAGGCGUGGAUAUGCCGCGCAAAGCGAAUUUGCUUGUAACGGAGAUACUGGACACCGAACUAAUCGGCGAAGGCGCCAUUAGCAUAUAUAACCAUGCUCACGAGGAACUUCUGACAGAUGAUGCGUUGUGUAUACCAGCGCGAGCGAAUUGCUAUGCCCAAGUGGCCCAGUCACCCCUUGCUGCCCAAUGGAACACUUUAAAGAUACUGGCCAAUCUUGAUGGGGAUGUGCUUCUUCAACCGCCAACGGAGGUGUUGCAGUGCAGUGGCGAGGCCACGUUGCACGACGUACAGUUGUCGCAGUUGCCCACUAAUGAAUUUCGGCCGGUAACUCAGCCUGUGCAAAUAUUUCAGUUUGACUUCCAGCGCAAAGAGACACGUGACAAAAAACGAGAGCAGGUAGUGCGCGUAAAGGCCAUCCAAGCCGGCGCUGCCGAGUUGGUAUUCUACUGGUGGAACAUUGAAAUGGACGACGACGGCGAAAUUUUGCUAAGCUGUGCUCCAUACUGGGCGCAUCCGGAAUUAAAGCAGUUAGGUGCUGACCAAACAGGCCAAAGACCGCUGGCUAAUACUGUGCCCUGGCGAGAUCAUUGGAUGCAGGCUAUUUACUAUAUACCAAAGCCGUUGCAAUUGUCCACGGCUGGGAAGGAAUUCUGGCUAGUCUGCAACCACGAUGAGUACUCCCUGUGGUUUGAUGCGUACAUCGAAGCGCCCCUGAAGCCUGUUCGUCGUCACACAUGCACCUGUGACCUGCACAUGACCUACUCCCGCAGCCGCAUUGGACAGCUGAACCAGGCCAAGCGCAAUAAAGCCUACCUGCGCCAACUAGAGCAGACAAUAACAAAGGACUCCCACGUGUUGGUUCUUGGUGAUGGUUGCCUGCUGGGAAUAGCCACUGCUAAGAUGGAGGCGGUCAGUGUAAUCUGCCAUGAACCGCACCGCUUUUCUCGACGUCUGCUCACGUCCAUAACAAAGAAAAAUCAGCUUAAUAAUGUUAAGUUCAUAGAUAGGCUGGAACAGCUUGGAGAGACUGAGUUAAAAGCUCUCACACACAUAGUUGCCGAACCUUAUUUUCUCAAUGCUAUACUUCCGUGGGAUAACUUUUACUUUGGUACUCUACUACUCAAGAUUCAGCAGCAACUCAACCUGUCUGUGGUGAUAACACCAUGUGUAGCACGCAUCUUUGCACUGCCCGUACACUUUCUGGAUUUGCAUAAGAUACGCACUCCUGUCGGAAACUGUGAAGGUUUCGAUCUAACAUUGUUCGAUAAAAUGGUUGAGCAUUCUGUGGAGCUCGCACAGUCAAAGGUAGAAGCUCAACCAUUAUGGGAAUAUCCUUCUCGAGCAUUGUCUCAACCGCAGGAAAUAUUGUGUGUUAACUUCAAGGACUUCAGUGCUGAGCAACGGCAGGAAGGCAGCUUCACAUUACCAGGGAAUAGUGAGCAGUGCAAUGGUGUAGCGCUGUGGGUGGACUGGCAGCUGAAUGCUAACGACACAAGUGCCAAGUCCACAGUAAGCAGUGGACCUGUCGAACCCAUAGAAAUUGGAAAGUUCGUCAAAUGGGACAUGUUUGUGCGCCAGGGCGUGCAUUUUACGCGACCAGAAAGUCGCAGUAAACACGUAGAUUGGAGCACUGAGUUUAAACCCCUUCUUGGACAACUUAAUUUCAAUUUUACGCUACGAAACAACAUUAAAAUCGAAUGAAUGCCGACGAAAAUUCAUUUAUUCA